GCUUAUCGAUAAGCGAUAAAGUAUACACAUAAAAAAUUAAAUUGCAGCACCAGCACCAACGCACAUAUUUAUUGUUCCAAGUGCGAGGAGUGCUAAAAACAAAGAGCGUGUGUGCGACUUAACAUUUGGGGGCAGAUACAGACAGACCAGGCCAGACCAGACCGGAACCACAGACAGCCACGGGACGUACGUAGCAACAAGGGAGUCGCAGCAGCAGCACAGGGCAAGGAACUGAGCAGCAGCAGCAGCAGGCAGAACAACGUCGACGACUACAAUGAACACACUGAGCCCCAGCACAAACGGAGCAGCCAGCGGUGGCUCCACAACGGCCAUAUCAACGACAGGCAACGGUAAUGGUAACGGCAACGGAUCCAGCACAAAUGUCACAGCGGCCGGCACUGCAGGCGAUGGCGGCGGGGGCGGUGGCCUCGACGAGGCUGGCGGCGAUGCCAGCUCACGGCGGCAGGCGACUCGUGUUUUCAAGAAGAGUUCGUCCAAUGGCAAAAUCACCGUGUAUCUGGGCAAACGGGACUUUGUGGACCAUGUGACGCACGUAGAUCCCAUAGACGGAGUGGUCUUCAUCGAUCCCGAGUAUGUCAAGGAUCGCAAGGUGUUUGGCCAGGUGCUGGCCGCCUUUCGCUAUGGUCGCGAGGACCUGGACGUCCUAGGGCUGACAUUCCGCAAGGACCUGUAUUUAGCGCAUGAGCAAAUCUACCCGCCCAUGCAACUGGAACGCCCGAUGACCCGUCUUCAGGAGCGGCUGAUUAAAAAGCUGGGCCCCAAUGCACAUCCGUUCUACUUUGAAGUUCCACCCUACUGCCCCGCCUCGGUGUCCUUGCAGCCGGCCCCCGGAGAUGUGGGCAAGUCUUGUGGUGUGGAUUACGAGCUGAAAGCAUUUGUGGGUGAACACGUCGAGGACAAGCCACACAAACGGAACUCGGUACGCCUAACCAUACGGAAGGUGAUGUACGCGCCAUCCAAGGCCGGGGAGCAGCCAUCAAUUGAGGUGAGCAAGGAGUUCAUGAUGAAGCCGAAUAAGAUCCAUCUGGAGGCUAGUCUGGACAAGGAGCUGUACCAUCAUGGCGAGAAGAUAUCGAUCAAUGUGCAUGUGGCCAACAAUUCCAAUCGAACGGUCAAGAAGAUCAAGGUGUGUGUGCGUCAAUUUGCCGAUAUUUGCCUGUUCUCGACGGCCCAGUACAAGUCCGUUGUGGCCGAGAUCGAGUCGGAGGAUGGAUGCCAGGUGGCGCCGGGCUUCACCCUGUCCAAGGUCUUUGAGCUGUGCCCAAUGCUGGCCAACAACAAGGACAAAUGGGGCCUGGCCCUCGACGGACAGCUGAAGCACGAGGACACAAAUUUGGCGUCGAGCACGCUCAUCACCAAUCCCGCCCAGCGCGAGAGUCUCGGCAUUAUGGUCCACUACAAGGUCAAGGUUAAGCUGCUAAUCAGCUCGCCGCUGCUGAAUGGCGACUUGGUUGCCGAGCUGCCGUUCACGCUAAUGCACCCCAAGCCCGAGGAGGAGGAGCCACCACUGCUGCUGGGCGAGAGAUCGCCGCGGGCCAGCUUGGCGGCGCCGCUGCUCACCUUGGGCGAUGCGAAUGAGGACGGCGCCUCGGGAUCGGUUGGCGAGCAGGGACAACAGGAUGUGCCCACCACCACCAAUCUGAUCCAGCUGGACGAUGAGGAGGCGCAGGAUGAUGACAUCAUAUUCGAGGACUUUGCCCGCUUGCGUCUGAAGGGCGCCGAAACGGAGGCCUAGAUCGCUGCCGGCUGGUGUCCCGUCCCCCUAGAUUUUCGGUCACAUUGUAGUCGAGCCUAGUGGCAGCACUGGCAGUACUUGAUCGGUCUUUAGAUAUGUUAUAUACGCAUACGCGCAUACAAAAUAUGUAACUUUGAUUGUCCAACAUAUUGAAUACGUCAGUUUUCGGCAUUUUGUAUCAUAUAUGAGAAAUUCGCGCAGCCGCCUAAUGUAAAGUUUUAUACAGUAGCCAAUAGCCACGGUAAAUAGUUUUGGUGUAAGCUAUUUGAUAUGUGUAGGGCCAUACGUUCUAGUAUCUAUAGAGUUAAGCUGAAAGUGUACGAAUUUUAAAAUGUGAAAUUGUUUAACAAAUACACAAACUAUACACACACACACAGACACACACAUGACCACACAAAACAACACUCACACACAAAACAGAUACACCAUGUAAUUUACACACACACAACCCACACAAAAGCCUGCAACAGUUGAAAGAA